GCGCAGCCCAGUCCUAGCCCCGCCCAGCCCCAGCCUCCGGCCCAGCUCCGAAGUCUCCCUCCCUCUUGCUCUGUCCCGGCUCCGGCUUCCACCCUCCCCGCCGGAGCAGAGCGCACUCGGACCCGCGGCGCGAGCAGCGCCAGUCCAGGGAGGGGGUGGAGACCGCGCGCGGCAGGCCCACCCCCAGCCGGGGCGAGACCCCGAGGCCCCAGGGGACCCAGACUCCGGCCACGUCUCGCUCUGCGCCCGCCCGACGCGACCCCUGCAAGGACGUCCCCAGUCCUCCCGCCCUCGCGCGCUACUAGGACGCGGGGCCACACCUGAGCACUGCUGCCCGGUGCCGGGCGCGCCCGCAUGGGCCCGCGCUGAGGCCCGAACCGAGAGUCCCACGCGGGGAAUCGGCGUCUACCCAGUCGGAGGGGUUCAGAGCUGGGGGGGCUAGCGCCCCCCAAACUCAGAUCGAAUCUAACCGGAGCAAGGCGGCGCCAUGGAGCUCCGGACCCUUCUCUGCUGGGCUUCGCUCGCAGCCGCUUUAGAAGAGACCCUACCUAACACAAAACUGGAAACUGCUGAUCUGAAGUGGGUAACAUUCCCUCAGGUGGACGGGCAGUGGGAAGAGCUGAGUGGCCUGGAUGAGGAGCAGCACAGCGUUCGGACUUAUGAGGUGUGUGACAUGCAGCGGGCCCCAGGCCUGGCCCACUGGCUGCGUACAGGCUGGGUCCCGCGGCAAGGCGCUGUCCACGUAUACGCCACAUUGCGCUUCACCAUGCUGGAGUGCCUGUCCCUGCCUCGGGCCGGGCGCUCCUGCAAGGAGACCUUUACGGUCUUUUACUUCGAGAGCGACACUGACACGGCCACAGCCCUCACACCAGCCUGGAUGGAGAACCCGUACAUCAAGGUGGACACAGUGGCUGCUGAGCACCUGACCCGAAAGCGCCCUGGGGCUGAGGCAACCGGGAAGGUGAAUGUCAAGACUUUGCGUCUGGGCCCACUCACCAAGGCUGGCUUCUACCUGGCUUUCCAGGACCAGGGCGCCUGCAUGGCCCUGCUGUCCCUGCACCUCUUCUACAAAAAGUGUGCCCAGCUGACCGUGAACCUCACCCGCUUCCCGGAGACUGUUCCUCGUGAACUUGUGGUACCUGUGGCAGGAAGCUGCGUGGCCGAUGCCGUCCCUGCUCCUGGCCCCAGUCCCAGCCUCUACUGCCGGGAGGAUGGACAGUGGGCCGAACAGCCAGUAACUGGCUGCAGCUGUACUCCUGGGUUUGAGGCUGCCGAGGGGAAUACCAGGUGCCGAGCCUGUGCCCAGGGCACCUUCAAGCCCUUGUCUGGGGAGGGACCCUGCCAGCCGUGCCCAGCCAACAGCCACUCUAACACCAUUGGCUCGCCUAUCUGCCAAUGCCGCGUCGGGUAUUUCCGGGCCCGCACAGACCCUCGGAGUGCACCCUGCACGACCCCUCCAUCAGCUCCGAGAAGCGUAGUUCCCCGCCUGAACGGCUCCUCCCUGCGCCUGGAGUGGAGUGCCCCGCUUGAGUCAGGUGGCCGGGAGGACCUCACCUACGCACUUCGCUGCCGGGAGUGCCGUCCUGGGGGUUCCUGCACACCCUGCGGAGGAGACCUAACUUUCGACCCUGGCCCCCGGGACCUGGUGGAGUCCUGGGUGGCAAUUCGUGGGCUUCGUCCUGACUUCACCUAUACCUUCGAGGUCACUGCUUUAAAUGGGGUAUCCUCCUUAGCCAGCGGGCCAGUCUCAUUUGAGGCUGUGAAUGUCACCACUGACCGUGAAGUGCCGCCCCCAGUGUCUGACAUCCGGGUGACACGGUCAUCACCCAGCAGCUUGAGCCUGGCUUGGGCGGUCCCCCAAGCACACAGUGGAGCAGUGCUGGACUAUGAGGUCAAGUACCAUGAGAAGGGUGCAGAAGGACCUAGCAGUGUGCGGUUCCUGAAGACAUCAGAAAACCGGGCAGAGCUGCGGGGGCUGAAGCGAGGAGCCAGCUACCUGGUCCAGGUGCGGGCGCGCUCUGAGGCUGGCUAUGGACCCUUCGGCCAGGAGCAUCAUAGCCAGACUCAGCUAGAUGAGAAUGAGAGUUGGCGGGAGCAGCUGGCUCUGAUUGCAGGCACUGCAGUCGUGGGCGUGGUGCUGGUCCUGGUGGUCAUCAUCAUCGGUGUUCUCUGCCUCAGGAAGCAGAGCAGUGGAAGAGAAGCUGAAUAUUCAGACAAACAUGGACAGUAUCUCAUCGGGCAUGGUACUAAGGUCUACAUUGACCCUUUCACUUACGAAGACCCUAAUGAGGCUGUGAGGGAAUUCGCAAAAGAGAUUGAUGUCUCUUAUGUCAAGAUUGAAGAGGUGAUUGGCGCAGGCGAGUUUGGGGAGGUGUGCCGGGGGCGACUCAAGGCCCCAGGGAAGAAGGAGAGCUGUGUGGCCAUCAAGACCCUGAAGGGUGGUUACACGGAGCGGCAGCGGCGGGAGUUCCUGAGUGAGGCCUCCAUCAUGGGCCAGUUUGAGCACCCCAACAUCAUCCGAUUGGAGGGCGUGGUCACCAACAGCGUGCCUGUCAUGAUCCUCACUGAGUUCAUGGAGAAUGGUGCCCUGGACUCCUUCUUGCGGCUGAAUGACGGACAGUUCACUGUCAUCCAGUUGGUGGGCAUGUUACGGGGCAUUGCCUCGGGCAUGCGGUACCUUGCUGAAAUGAGCUACGUCCACCGAGACCUGGCUGCCCGCAACAUCCUGGUCAAUAGCAACCUUGUCUGCAAGGUUUCUGACUUUGGCCUUUCCCGAUUCCUGGAGGAGAACUCUUCUGACCCUACCUACACAAGCUCUCUGGGAGGAAAGAUUCCAAUCCGAUGGACAGCCCCUGAGGCCAUUGCUUUCAGGAAGUUCACAUCUGCCAGUGAUGCCUGGAGCUAUGGUAUUGUGAUGUGGGAGGUCAUGUCAUUUGGAGAACGGCCAUACUGGGAUAUGAGCAAUCAGGAUGUGAUCAAUGCCAUUGAACAGGACUACCGGCUGCCCCCUCCCCCAGACUGCCCCACCUCCCUACAUCAGCUCAUGCUGGACUGUUGGCAGAAGGACAGGAAUGCACGGCCCCGCUUCCCCCAGGUGGUUAGCGCCCUUGACAAGAUGAUCCGGAACCCUGCCAGCCUCAAAAUCGUAGCCAGGGAAAACGGCGGGGCCUCACACCCACUCCUGGAUCAGCGACAGCCUCACUAUUCAGCUUUUGGCUCUGUGGGUGAGUGGCUUCGAGCCAUCAAGAUGGGAAGAUACGAAGAAAGUUUUGCAGCUGCUGGGUUUGGCUCCUUCGAGCUGGUCAGCCAGAUCUCUGCUGAGGACCUGCUCCGAAUUGGAGUCACUCUGGCGGGACACCAGAAGAAAAUCCUGGCCAGUGUACAGCAUAUGAAGUCCCAGCCCAAACCUGGACCCUCGGGCGGGUCGGGAGCACCAGCCCCCCAGUACUGACCUACACCUCUUCGUCUGGCCCCACAACUCUG